AUGUGCCAGUGGUUUGCGCCGACUCAGCUGGCCGUUACCUUCGAGAAGGACGGGAACGGGCGAUUCGCUGACGAAGAAUUAGAAAGGAUAGUAGUACGGGACCGCUCUGGCAGAGUCACCGAGUUGCGCCUGCCGGACAAGUCUGUACUCAUAGCUAACCAUCAGAUUUACGCAGACUGGUGGUAUGCAUGGUGUCUGAUGUAUUUCAUGAAUACCCACAGAGACGUGUUCAUCGUUCUAAAGAAGAGUUUGAAGUGGAUACCUGUCGUUGGCUGGGGUAUGCAAUUCUUCGAUUUCAUCUUCCUAGCUCGGUCAUGGGCAUCCGAUAGAUUGCAUCUAUCGGCUCAGCUUUCGCGAUUGGGUCGGCGUGCAGAGAUCCAGGACUUGCCCUUGUCUUUCCUGCUCUAUCCCGAGGGCACCUUGGUCAGUGCAGACACGAGGCCCGUGAGCAAGAAAUACGCAGAUAAGUUAGGAGUUCCAGACAUGAUGCACACGUUACUUCCUCGGUCGACAGGACUUCAAUAUAGUUUACGAUCCCUUGCCCCUCGCAUCCCUAGCUUACAACUUUUGGAUAUUACCGUUGCAUAUCCAGGGAUACCGCGAUUUGGCUACGGACAGUCCUAUUACACCCUUCGGUCGAUAUUCCUUGACCGGAUUCCCCCGCCGACCAUCCAUAUGCACAUCCGGCGCUUUAACGUAGCAUCGGACGUGCCAUUGGGAGAUCUAUCUUCUUCCAAUCCGACGGUUUUGCCUAACGGCUCUGCCACUAGUGCAGUUGAAAUUGAGGUGCCUGAAGCAGAGAAGGUCAUAUUCGAAGAGUGGCUCCGGGGAAUAUGGCGGGAGAAAGACCAGCUGAUGGCCAAAUAUUUGGACACCGGCUCCUUUGCGUCGGAAGAUGUUGUUGAGAUUCCUCUGCAACUGCGUAGCAAGCACGAGAUACUGGAUGCAUUUUGUUUCUUCACACCUGCUAUGCUCGGCUGGACUUGGACGAAGUUCAGACAGUAUGUUGUAUAG